AUGGCCGCACUGAAGGAGAAGAGGACUUGCGGGCAGCGAUGUGAGGACUUUGGACAUUUUGUCUGGAACUCAGAGAAUGGAACUUUAAUGGGGAGAACACCAGAAAAAUGGGUGUACAUCAGUCUGUAUUAUGUGGCCUUCUACGUGGUGAUGACGAGCCUCUUUUCUUUGGCCAUCUGGGUCCUCAUGUACACCUUGAGUCCAUACGCUCCGGACUAUCAAGACCGGCUAACGUCUCCGGGGGUGAUGGUGUGGCCAAACACGUACGGAGAGGAAGACGUUGAAAUCUCCUACAACACAUCAGACAAGGCCAGCUGGAUGGGGAUGUCCAACAUCCUUCAUGAGUUCCUGGAGCCCUACAAUGACACCAUGCAGCUGCAGUGUAACCCCCAUAACUGCACCAAGGGGAAGUACUUCAUCCAGAACACCUACUCUGCCCCGAAGCACACCAAGUGGGUCUGUCCGUUCACCCAAAGCAUGUUGGGAGCCUGCUCAGGACUCGAGGACCCAACCUUUGGUUACAACUGCACCAUGCCAUGUGUCAUUAUUAAGAUGAACAGGAUCAUUAACUUCUUGCCUACGAACAGCUCUAGCUCCCCCCCAUAUGUCAACUGCACUGUACUGAGUGGACAGAACAACGUGGACAAAAUCGAGUAUUUUCCCAACAAUGGAACUAUGGAUCCUUCCUACUUCCCUUACUACGGAAAUCUGGCACAGCCCACUUAUGUGAACCCGCUGGUGGCCGUUCGGUUUAGCCUGGUCGGAGAGAAGCAGGCCAAGAUCCAGUGCAGAGUCGUCUCUGAAAAGAUCAGCUACGAAAACAUCCAUGACCCCUACGAAGGGAAAGUCCUCUUCUACCUCAAAGCAGUGAAAUGA